ACUGACUGAGCCACGUGGGUGGCCACACAUAUUUUAAUAUUAUCCACAUUUCCCAACAAAUAUGCAAUAAAUACCCUCAUUGAAUAUCAGCCCUUUGAGGUUUCAAGCCUGUUCUUUCAGUCCUGUAGCAGCUCGGGGAUUUUACUGUGCCAAGAUGCAGGGUGUUUUUGUUUGUUUCCCCCCUCCUGUAAGGGAAAGGGGCUGUACUAAUCCUGGGAAGCUCAUAGGUAUGAGGCAGCAUUUAUAUUUGAUGUUGAUGUUGGAACUGCAGUAAAAUUUUACCUAAUAAUAAUGAUUAAGUCCAGAUCAAAAUUUAAGGAGCUUUAAAUGCUAAGUAAAUGUCUAUGCCCCUUUCCAACUUAUCUUCAGUCCCUGAAUUACACUGAGAAUAUACAGAAUGGGUGCUAUCUCUCGAUGGUUGCUGUGGUUUUACGUUAGAGCAACGCACAUGGCAAAAGAGAGUGUGGGGGCCUAGCAUUCGUGUAGUGGUAAGGAGCCCUGCGGGUCCACUGGGGUCUGCCUCCUCCACGUGGCUGGACUGGGCAGGUGCGCUGCCUUGCGGGCGGGUUCCUCCUCGUCGGGUCUAAGCCCUUCCCCCUGAGCUGCGCCCCCUGAGUGUCUGGCCACUAAUCUCAUCUCAGACACCACUCACUCUCAUCCACUUCAUGGAGAAAAUAAAGGAUUUUAUACAGAGGCUUUCUGGGUUUUAGCAAAAGUUCUAAUAUCUAAGUAGAUGUAUGUAUGUCUGGAAACAGAGAUAAGCAGCUGUAGAAAGGGGAAAAUGAAAGCGCUAGUGAAGAGGAAAGCAUGGUUUUGUUGAGGACACAGAAGUGGGUUUUAACCAGGCAUAUUUUGUGCAAUAUGAAUGGCUAACUUUCAAUCCCUGUUCUCAUAAUUAUUUUCAAAUUAAAAAGCAUAGCGACUGCAUUAUAAGAGGCAUGAGGCUAGAGGAAAAAAGAUGUAAUGGUUGACUUGUUCUUUUAUGUGUCUCACUAAAGACCAUAUUUUAGCCAUUCUUAGUUUCUUGAAGCAUUUCCCAAUUACAGGAUCACCACCACCGCCCGACCUUUUGAGCAGGAGUUGAGGAUUAAAAAAUGAGAGGAUUUAAGUCUGAACAUGAGAAUGUGUGUAUCUCCUAGAGUCGUGGAAUUUGGGAAAUAGCAAAUACUUGGGGAAGCUUACCAGUGUAAAAUCUUGAGUCGAGGAGGUUUACCACGUCUGGGAUCCCAAAUAACUUGGGGGUGAAGAGGAGGGAAGGGAAAGCGGUUGGUCUGCUACUGCUUUAGCCAUCGUCACCCUCAAUUUACCACCAGGGUUGAGGGUUGGGGGUGGAGUGGUGGGCAGUGACGGAAGGCCUGGUAGCAGGCAAGUACAUGGGCUUAGAAGUUUUAAUGGUCUAGAGUCAAGUGCUGCUUUUCUAGCUGUUAGCUCUGUGGCCCUGAGGGAGUUAAGUAACCUGUCUGAGCCUCACUCUCUGCAUUUGUAAAAUGGCCUUCACAGGCUUAUUGGGGUGAUUAAAUGAGAAAAUAAAGAUUUUUAAACACUCUAAGUGCAAAUAGCAUCAUUGUUUUCUUCAGAAUCAUCAAAGAUUCUGAUUCAGUGGACCCAGAAAAACUGUUUUUGGAAGUCACCUCCCAUAGUUCUAAUGUUCCUCAGACCAUACUUCGAGAAGUGCUCUUCUUAAAGGAUGAGUAGGAGUUUUGACAUCAAGGGGAGGGCAGGGUGUCAUUUACAUGCACUCACAACUCCAGGGGGUGACCUAACAUCAUAGCACAUAUCUAUGGAGCACCCAGAGUUGGGGUACAUGACUUGGAAGGCCAGAGGCAGUGACCUUGUGUGGGGGGAUAAUGAUAGAGUGAGAUGUGUGUGUGUGUGUGUGUGUUAGCCAGGGUGUGCUUGGGACACUGAAGAUCUUUCACUCUGGGGGACCACUUAGGGUGGGAGACCAGGGAGCAGGGUGGAGGUCCUUGUGUGCCCUGCUAAGGAACUUAGGCUUUAGCCACAAAGCAGUGAGAAGCACAGAAGGGUGUAAACAAGGACAUGAUUAGACCUCACUGAUGGUCACAUGAUGGGUAAGCCAAGAGAGUGAGACUGUAGUUAUAUAUAAUAUUUAUGAGGAAAUUACAAUCAGGUGGUGAGAACCAAUGAGAGAGAGAGAGAGAGAGAGAGAGAGCGAGCGAGCGCGCGCACCAGUGAGUGAGUACACACAUGAACUGAGAUAGAGACAGCGUGUGUUGAGGAGGGGGCAGAUUGGAGAGAUAUAUAGAGGGAGGCUCAGGAGGACAAGGACCAGCUGCCCAAUGAGGAAAAGGGGGCAGGAGCUGGUGCUGGCUGUUUCCAGUGAUGAUCAUCACAAUGCCUCUUCAGAAGAAAAAGGCGUUCACUGGCUGUUGGCCUGCAAGCCAGCCUCCUUCCAUGGGGGUCAAGAAGAAACCGAAGAAGGAGCCAAACCACUCAAGAUUGGAGAGGACAGCAGUUCUGAGGACAGCAGUUCUGAGGACAGCUCUGAAAGUGAAUCUGAUAAUGAGGAACCAGAACCAGAAAAAACAAAUGGGGAGCCAGGAGAGUCUUCCACUGAGGAAGCUUCUGCUCAGGUGCAAGAGUGGGAGGAUAAAGACUUGCCCAAGGAUCAUUUACAUUCAGAACUUAAUAAAAUCCAACCUUCCUGUGAACACUGUAAUGCUGAAAAUAAACAGAAUGAGCAAGUGACCCCCAGGCUCCUUUCCCGGGAACAGUUUUUGCUAAAGUUGGACGCAGAGGGAACUUACCAGUGCACAGAAACUGGCCUGAUAUUUGAGGUUAACAGAAAAGUUGACAUCAAGUAUUGCGUUUUGUCCUGGAGCAAAUACGCAGACCUGGUUGUUAAGCCCUGGAUUGUUGGUGGACCCUUGUUUGAUGUUAAAUGUGACCCAAACUGUCUUACUUCCAUUCAGUUUCCACAUUCCCUCUGCUUGGGUCACCAUGAUGCCAAUAUGACGUUCAAAGUCUUACAUGUUAAAAGUUCUGGGGCCUCGUUAGAAUCCACUGUGGAUCAUUCUGCAACCCAUGUCAAGUGGCAUGUGAGCUCUCUUUCUCCGGUGGGACCUGUUAUUCAAAGUGAAGAAACAGUAUACCACCAUGGGGCCGUGAUUCUCUACAAAGCCAUUGACCAUAAUCCAUCCUUGUCUUUUCGAGUGUACAUAGCAACCAAUAAUGAGUCCUUCAUUAAGGAUAUUUCCAAGUCUGUAAAGCACUCCUCCAAGAAAUUCAUGAAAAUUGACAAGCCUCCUGUUUGCCAGAAGUUAUUGCAGGAUGGGAAGAAAUACAGACUGAUCAGCGAACCAGAAGCCGAAAUUACCCCAGAGGAAAUCGAAUUUGUUGACGGUUCACUUUUAAAAUUGAAAAGUUACAUUGAAGUGUAUUUGGAGCAACCAGUGGAGUUUAAAUUACUUUUGGUUGAAAUGGAUUCUGAGGAAAUUGUAUGGAAAGCAAAGCUGAGAGAAUGUGACUGGGUUCAGCAUGAUCAGAAUCAGAACAUUUCGAAAAGCAGCACAAGUGGUAACAGGCGGCGAAAAAUGAAUAGCAGCUUAUCUGAUGAGGAAGUCUAUGACAAAAGAAUGAAGCAGGUUGAUACUUCAGACGGAGCGAAGACCGGAAACCCGCUAACAGACACACAGCUGAUUAUCCUUGCUGCGAAGUUGGGGAAGGAGUGGAUGAAAAUGGCCAUUGCCAACUUGGAGCUGGAGAGGAGCGAUAUUGAAGCUAUCCAGGAGAAGAAAGAAGAUGUUACGAUCUAUAACUUUAGGGUGCUGAAGAAGGGGCAAGAAAAGGAGCAGAGUAAUGCCACAGCCCAGAGUUUAUACAACUGCUUGAAAAGCAUCUCCGUCGAAGUCCAAGAUGUGCUGAAAGGUUUCUUACAGGAAAGGUGAAGUUUGGAAGAUGGACUGAAAAAGGAAGCCUCAGGAACUUUUACCUGUAAAGACCAACUUCAACUGGUAAUUGGGUAUGGACUUGAUGAGAUCUUGAACUUCACAGUCUGUGGAGGCAGCUCCCUUCACUGGGGGCCAUUCUGCAGCUCGCAUUAUUCAGGGGUAGAGAAAAUGUAAAAUAUUUGGAAAACUUAAAGAACCUCUAGAUUUAAACAUUUUUUUGCACCUCCUACUCACACCAUCCUGCCCUGCUUCCCCACCCAACAUCUGUCCUUAACAAAGGUGCUUAAAAGGACUCAGUCAGGUGAAAAAUGUGGUAAUUUUCCUUUUGGAGUCUGUGAACUAUGAAAUUCAUAUCAAGUAUUUGAAACCUUUUUAGCAACUCAGUGGUAGUGUGCUUAAACUUGCACCAAUGUAGUUGAGCUUUUCUCAUACUGACAUUAAUAAUGAGAGAUACCUUCCUGUUCUUUUAGCCCCCACUCAGGCAUACAUGCCCCUGGGUACAAUGUAUCUUUUUAUGUGGGAUGAUUUCCAUAGAUCACAUUACCAACCUGUCUGGCUAGUGGUCUGUUAAACCGUUAAACCAAUCGUGUUACCUUGUCCUUGAGUGAUGAGAAAGGAAUAUAAUCCAGUCCCCAUCCCGUGUUGAGGUGCACGCUCAGAGGUGAUCUCAUCUCAGUGGGGAAGUUCAACUGGAUGGAUGGUCAGAGAGUCCCUUCAAAUUUCAUUAACCUUCCAAAAUCACAAGGCUAAGCACUACAUUUCUUGACUCUCAGCCUGGAAUCGUUUACUUUCUGGUGGGGGGAGAGAUGCUACUCAGAAAUAGCCAGAGCAGGACCAAGGGAAAAAUGUCAUGUCUUCUUGAAGAAGACUUGCCCCAGGGAAUAAUGAGCCACAUUGGCUCUUGUUAAUUGGUGAAAUGGUUUUUUGGGUAUGUAUAGAUAUUGUCACUCUCCUAGAAUCAUGCAUGUGGCGAUUAACAUUUCGGAUAUGUUUUGUUAACUUAUUUGAACUAUAAAUUACCAUUGGUCUUCUGUAGGAAUUAGCUGGAGAAUAAAAUAAAUCUCAAUGAAUUAAUCAGAGAAAUACACUUUAUUGUUUUGCCUGUGAAGAACAAAUUCACUUUAUAGGGAUGAACAUAUUUUUAAUUGUCAGGGAUCCUGUGGAAUUCAAGUCAGUGUCACUUUAUGAGUUUUUUUUUAAAUUGUACUAUACACUAGGAAACACAUGGAGUUUUAACAUUCAGGAAUAUAAAAUACUUAAAGGACUUGAAUUUUUAAACGUUCAUUAUUUUUUAUAAGUUUUCCGAAGAAACGCAUAAUUCCAGAGGUGCUUUGUAUGUAAGCCGGUUUCCUAACAAUUUUUCAUAGUAUGAAUGAAAGGAAGAAAAAUAAAUCUGCAUUUGUACAGUA